UCUUUUUUUAUCAAAUACGCUAACUAGUCUUAUAAUUGGUUUUGUUAGUUUUAAGAAGAGAGAAGGGAAAAUAAAAGAAGGGAGAACAGUGGAAAUGAUGGAUCGGAAAAUUAUUUCAUUUGAAGAUAGAUAGAUGAGAAUAUGUCAUAUGUUUCAACAAGGUUCAUAUGUAUUUCAUAAUUAAUCAUUUAGUGUCCAUUCUCAAUAGAUUAUUUAAGCAAAUGGUCCAAUUCUAGACAUUAAUGAGGAAAAUUAUUCUUAGCUAGCUGCUGCUGCUGCUGCUUUAUAGUAGAAUUAAACAGUACAGUAAUGCGUAUAUCAUAUAAGACUUCAAUUUGCUAGCUGCUACUCUUUGUUGAUUCUUUAAGCUAAUUGAGCUUAGUCAAUGGUCCUGAGUUUGGCACUCGUAUAUGCUACUCCUAAUUAGCACUAGAAUCAGGGAAAUGCCAAGGGUGGUGUGGCAGGUCAUUAGAAUUUCAGAGCAAUCAUUUCCGGUAUCUAUGCUUUGAUUUUUUUUUUCAGAAGAUAAACACCGUUCUUUUAUUACAAAUGGAUUGACACCCUAGCUAGUACAAACUGCAUCUUUGACCAUAGAAUAAAUUCCACUGCAACUAAAAUUUACUAAUAUUUUCCUUGCUGAAUCCUGACUAUAAUUAUUAGUAUUUUUUUUUUUCCAAGAGAGAGUUAUAAUUAAAUAAAAUUAUGAGCGUUAAUCGAGAACACAGAGAAAACAUUACGGGAUUUGAAGCCGACGUGAAUCGAACACCGAGAAAACACGAGUGGAGUACGAAUCUAUGAUUAGAGUUAAAAGUUGAUUUGAGCCAAAGAAUUCUUCUUUUCGGUUUAGAUUCUGCCCCGCCUGGGGUGGUGAAAUGUGAGGACUGAUGAAAGGAGGCUGCUCUGUUGCUGAAAUCGCUUUUCAGCGUAUCCUAAUGCCAUCAAUUUGGAUUCUUCUUCAAUUCCAUUCCCUUCCUUUCCAGGUAACUCCCAAACUUUCCUUCGUAACUCUCUCAUUGAACUGGGUUUUCUUUUCUUGGUCAAUUAUUGAUGAUAGCCUUCAAUUUGGGGGUGGAAGCACCGGGUUUCUUCGAAUGGAACAACCUUGCUACUAAAUCAUAGCCUAAGCCAACGACUAAACUGGAUUCCGCUAACACCUAAUUCGAAGUUUUGCUGAGAGCCAUUAAUAAUUCACUGAGCUCCACUCAGGACCGGCGUGCCCAAGAUGGGGUAGUUGAUGGAGCAAAACAUACUCUGGCGGUUUUGGUUUCAUUACUUGGGGUGCUGAAAUGUAAUCACUGGCUUAGAUAUUGAGCCUACAUAAGUUUUUCUUGAGUCCAUUUACUGCUUAUAUAGAAGUUUUUAACAUUGGCUCCUCUAUUGGUGCUAAGGAUUCCUCCAGUAUUUUUCGUCCUUCGCUUGUGUUGCUAGUCAUUGGUAUAUUUGCUUUUCAUUUUCAUGUCAGAAAAACCAGUAAAGAUGAUGUUUGUAUGAAUUACUUGAAAAAAGGAAAGUUUUAUAUGAAGAGCCAUGUCCAUUUCUUUCUUGUCUCGGAUGAAAAUAUGCCCUAGAAACAACUUUACAGUGGGGUUGUGCAUUGCAAUUGCAAUUAUGGUUGUUGCUAUGAGAGCAUACAUGGCAAGGAACUCAAGUCGGAGCUAUCCUGGUUCUGUAGCUGAUCUUGUAAAGCGUGGCUAUCUAAGAUCAGAUAGAAGAGGCAUGUCUGAUUUCGUUCUGUGAUACCUUUUCCUUUGUCUUGUGGCUGCCCCUGCGAAGGAUGUAAAUUUCAUGAAUAUAUUGCUUUAAAGGCCUUCAUGCUAUAUAAUGUUACAGGUUAAUUAUUUAUUCUUAAGGGCUAGCAUUUCAUUGCAUGUGCCCUAUCAAUUUUAAUUUCUGCUGCUUUAGGUGAUGUGGACUUGCGUCACAUUUCACAGCCUUGGCUCCAAUGUGCUUCCCUCGUGCUAUUGGUGUAGUUUAAUUAUAAAAUCUGUAUUAACAGAUCAAGGCUUCUCAAGUAUGACGAUCCAUUUAAUAAUCCAUCGGUGAAGGUUCGUAAGAGCAAUUCAACUGUAGAGAUGUGUGGAAAGCUUUACCGGUUAGCUCCAGUUACACUUACCAAAGAGCAACGAGCUAUCCAUCAAAAAAGGAUGUCAAGAGCAUAUCAGUGGAAGAGACCCACAGUGUUCCUUAAAGAGGGGGAUUCAAUUCCUCCUGAUGUUGAUCCUGACACAAUCAGAUGGAUUCCUGCAAAUCAUCCUUUUGCAACCAUGGCUAGUGACAUUGAUGAAGACUUGGCACAAAACAAUGUGUACCAAAAACAUGGUGCUCCAUUCCAUAUUCAGGCUGAGCAUGAGGCAUUGCAGAGAAAGCUUGAAGCACUACAAAAAUGUACGCUGCAGUUUGCUGCCUCAUUUUUGGAGUUUCCUUUUGAAAACUUGAACGUGUUUGCAUGCAGGAGGAAAAAUUGAACAACUAAUUUAUCAAGAGUAGAAAUGCUAAAGAUUUCCAGAGACCAUUCAAAUUAAAUGCCAGGUCAGAUGAACUUGCUGAGGAGGGCCCCAAUAACAAUCCGACAGCUGACACUAGGCCCCCUAAACUAGAGCGUGCCUCCAAUUCGAUUGAAAGCAACUUAUCUUAAGAGGAAAUGCAGAAACCCUGAAAUAUUGCGUGGCCUUGGUGUCAGUUUAUUGAAUCUACUAUUAUCCUGCAAGGAAUUCCUGAUUUUGUAGUAUAUGAAAGAUAAGAUCCUCGUGAAUUACCUCUGGAAUUGAUUUCGAGGUAGCCCAACCUGAUCUGGAAUUGUAAACGGGAGAGCAGAGUUUGUACAUAUAGUUGCAGUAAUUGAUUUGGUCCAUUUUAUUUAAAUGCGGUUUUUUUUUUUUUUUUUUUAAUUUUCUAAUUUACCUUUAAAUCUUUUACAUUAUUACUUAUUAAUUUGAAAGAGUAUAUUAUGAACUCUUUCCGUAACCUCGAAAUGUAAACUAAUUCAAGGGUCAAUCAACUUUAAAUGCAGUUUUUUCUAUGUUAAGAUUUUGCAUAGCAAUUAUAUGGUCUGUAGCAACGUGAGUAUGCAUGAUUGGUUGCUGCACUU